CAUGCAGAUGAUGGCGUGCUUGAAGUCUCACUCUUUCAACCUCCACCCUUCUCAGCCAAUCUUCCUCGCUGACGACCCAAGACACAUGCACACAUAUCCCCAAUCCCUGGCCAUCCUUGCUCCUUAUCGACCGUAUAUCUGAAUCGCUACGCCAGCUUGGACCCCUAACUCCUCCUCAAUGCGACAGUGGCUCACAUCCACCCACUUGUCGAUCCUUCCUCCCCCCUCAGAGAUACUACGUUUGGAUCUACGCGCCUCAUACCCUUUACAUCUGGUCAUCCGAACGCUAGAAUCCCCCGCAUCUAUGGCGUGAUUGACUGGUUCAUGGUCCUUUCUUCCAACAUUUUGGCCCAUCCUAUCCAGAGGAAUUGCAGUCCGGUGGCCACUGAACCGAAGGCUGCUUGAAGAAGCGAGUGUGGCAGGUGGUCAGCUGGAUUGGUAUAAGAGCUCAGCCAUGGCGUCUUCUUCCUCUUCCGCUGGCUAUCAACUUCUGCAGCAAGGCGACACACCCGAAACUGCACCAGCCGCUACUGAAGAAGAAAUCAACAUGGGCAAAUCGCUGGGCACGUUUCGAGCUUGCUAUGUUGUGGCCCUGUGCUGCAUUGGCUCUUUUCUGUUCGCCUACGACACUGGCAUUGUGGGAGGUGUCCUGACGUUUCCCUCCUUUCAAAGUGAUUUUGGUUACUCAAAGGGCGACAAGACACAGGUCAACUCGAACUGCGUCUCGAUUCUCCAGGCUGGCGCCUUUUUUGGCUGCUUCUUCAUCUGGCCGUUGACGGGAUGGCUGGGCCGGAGAUGGGGGUUUAUCAUCGCCUCUGUCGUUUUCUGCAUCGGGUGCAUCUUGCAAGUAGUCAAGUCGCAUUCCAUCGGCGUCUUCUAUGCUGGUCGUGUCAUCUCGGGUCUAGGUACUGGCGCAGCGACAGUGCUGGUGCCAAUGUUCUCGGCAGAGAUGGCGCCAAAGGAGAUUCGAGGAAAGCUCGGCUCUUGUUUUCAGCUGUUCUUUGCAACUGGCGUCUGUGUCAGUUACUGGGUUGACUACGCUGCCCAGGUGGGCAUUUCUGAAACGUCGUCAAUGCAAUGGCAGGUCCCUGUUGGUCUGCAGUUGGUCCCCGGGGGCCUUCUUGGGCUGGGUAUGUUGUUGGUGAAGGAGUCUACUCGAUGGCUUGCCAAGAGAGGUCGAAACGAAGAGGCUUAUGCUUCCCUCCUCUGGGUUCGGGGCGGUGUCGAUAGCCCAGAGAUUCGAGCCGAAUUCGCAGAAAUACUUGCGGGGGUGGAAUUGGAAGUACGAGAAUCUGAGGGCCUCACGUGGAAAGAACUGCUUCUGCCAUCGAACAGAUAUCGAAUGUUCAUCGCCAUCACGAUUCAACUGUGCGCACAGCUGACUGGCAACACCUCACUUGCCUACUACGCGCCACAGAUCUUUGCUACAAUCGGAGCUGGCAACAAGACGCUCUUUAUCACUGGCUUCUUUGGGCUUGUCAAGAUGGCUGGUGUUUUCAUUUUCAUCCUCUUCUUCGUCGAAAAAUUUGGCCGCAAGAUCCCCUUCAUGGUCGGCGCAUUUGCGAUGGGGAGCUUCAUGCUCAUCAUUGCAUUGAUCGUGGAUACGCAUCCUCCCAAACCGUCAUCUACAGGAAUCACAUCAUCAGGAGCGGCUGGUAUUGCAAUGGUCUAUCUCGAAGCAUUCGCCUUCAAUAUGUCUUGGGGUCCCCUGCCGUGGCUUUACAUCGGCGAGAUCUUCCCCAACAGGAUCCGGGAGAUUGGUGUUGCGACCGGAGCCGCAAGUCAGUGGCUGUUCAAUUUCGUCAUGAGCCAAAUUACUCCCCACGCCAUUUCCAAUAUUGGCUGGAGAACGUUCCUCAUGUUUGCCAUAUUCAACUACGCCAUCGUCGUUUACAGCUAUUUCGUCCUCAAGGAGACCACGGGCAAGAGCUUGGAAGAGAUGGAAAUUGUCUUUGGUACCGUGGAUAGGCUUCCCACUAAAGAUGAUGACGAGGUGGAAUCGCAGGCUGCACACGACGCCGCCAGGGAAAUCCAUGAAACGACAAAAUAAACUGACAUAGAGACAAAGUCAUGAAAUCCAGUUUAACUAGUGUAUGUGAGAUAGAUAUUCACGCGAGUAGUAAAGAGAUGCUG